UAUGGUUCGACCGCGAUCCACUUCAGUCGCGUUGGUGGCUUUAUGUGAUUUGACGUAUUCCGUGCGCGGUGAUGACACUUGUGAGGUUAAUUUAUGAAAUGUCAAACGUUUUAGAUGUAAUUCGUGAGUGUAAUUAACUGCAAACGAAUGCAAGUGAAAUAUAUAUUGAUGCAGUGAAUCAUUAAGUGAUAUGGACUGUUAUUAUUCAAGAUUUUAUUCAAGGCGUAAGUGACAAAUGGAAAGUUUAACACGGUGAUCGAUACACUCAUGAUGCACCCAGCGGGAUACUACGCUAACCUUGCGAGCGGCGCGCUCGCGGCCGGCACCAUUGCGUCUCCGUGGAGCGCGGCGGCCGGCGCGCCCGAUACCAAUGGCUCGGGCGGCGCCGACGCCAAGCACCUCGACGUCGGAGAUGCCAGCGACGAUGAAAAGGAUAUGUCAGCGGCAGAUGCGGAGGGAGUAUGGAGUCCAGAUAUCGAGCAGAGCUUUCAAGAGGCACUGGCGAUAUACCCACCUUGUGGAAGACGGAAGAUCAUUCUAUCGGACGAGGGCAAGAUGUACGGAAGAAACGAACUUAUAGCAAGAUAUAUAAAAUUAAGAACGGGGAAAACGCGAACAAGAAAACAAGUAUCAUCCCACAUACAGGUUCUAGCUAGGCGGAAACUUCGAGAGAUACAAGCUAAGCUCAAAGUGGACGGUGGUGUGAUGAAAGAAAAGGCGAUGCAGUCUAUGAGCACACUAUCUAGCGCUCAAAUAGUGGCGGGUUUGCCACACCCGGCGUACCAUCACACGCAAUUCUGGCAACCCGGUCUACAAGCUGGCACGUCACAAGAUGUAAAACCUUUCCCCGGUGCGGGUUACAAAGGUGUACCGGGAGUUGGCGGUGUUGUCCCGGGUGGGACGGAUGUGGCUCCCCCUCCACCCUGGGAAGGAAGAGCGAUAGCCACGCACAAACUGCGCUUAGUAGAGUUCUCAGCCUUUGUAGAACACCCUAGAGAUCCUGAUACGUAUCCCCCGAGCACGGCGCCGGCGCAGCAUCUCUUUGUACAUAUAGGUGGUACUGUUACGUAUGCGGAUCCCUUAUUAGAGUCGGUAGACGUGCAACAAAUUAACGAUAAAUUCCCGGAGAAAAAGGGCGGUUUAAAGGAAUUGUACGAGAAAGGUCCCCGUAAUGCGUUCUUCCUUGUCAAGUUCUGGGCGGAUCUCAAUACAAACAAUCUUGACGACCCUGCCGCAUUCUAUGGCGUCACUAGUGUUUAUGAGAGCAACGAAAACAUGACGAUAACAUGCAGUACUAAAGUAUGUUCGUUUGGGAAACAAGUUGUUGAAAAAGUGGAGACUGAAUACGCCCGGUUCGAGGGCGGGAGAUUCGUAUAUCGCAUACACCGUUCGCCCAUGUGCGAAUAUAUGGUCAAUUUCAUACACAAACUGAAACACUUACCUGAGAAAUAUAUGAUGAAUAGCGUCUUGGAGAACUUUACAAUAUUACAGGUGGUUUCAAAUCGAGAUACUCAAGAGACAUUACUUUGCGCCGCGUUCGUCUUCGAAGUGUCGAACAGCGAACACGGCGCGCAACACCAUAUAUACAGGCUGGUCAAAGACUGAACUUACCUAUUUAUGAGUCAUAGACAACAAAAAUUAAUUGAAAACUCUCGCUAAGAUAAUUUGUAGUGAACUUGUCAAUAUCACUUUUUAUUUGAAAAGGGUUUGAGAUUUUAUUUACUCAAAUUUUUUACUUCAUCUUUUCUUUUGAUAUCUGAUUCUCACUUUUUUAUUGAAAUAUCUUGCCUGAUGCGUUAUUUAAAUAUUGCCAUUUUAUAUUUUUAUUCCUACUUUAUUCGGCGGGUUCGAUUUUGUCUGGCAUAUUUAUUAAUUUGUUUUUUCAAACUUUUUGUUUCAUUAUUUUUAACGCAUAAUUUUGUUACAUUUAUUUGGCAAUUUUAAACGGCGUCGCCGUCAAGUGCAAUAGAAUGACAGUUGACAAUUACUCUGCAAAUGUCAAAAGAUACUCAUUUGUUUUUUUGUCGUCAUUGUUUUAAGAACUAAUAUAAAAAUAUUUUUGUAAAAUGAAACGAAAAUUAUUGUCUAUUCUCAAGCGACAGCCUUCUAUUAUCUAUGGGACUUAAGUGUAGUGGAGUUAUCAAUGGCUAGAGAAACUUUCGGAGUUGGGCUAAAUAGAAGAACUUGUCUACUAGAAGUGUUUGUGAAUAAUUGAAAUACACACAGUGCCUCUAAUAAUUAUGUUACAUUAACAUAAAUUUGAGCGUUUUUAAUUUUUUCACUAUUCUCAAGUGUAGUGAAAAUUUUAAAACAUAGUGUAGGACAUAAUAGCGGUUAAGUGUAGCUUAAGAAAGUCUAUUCACCAAGGGUGCAGUUUUAUUUGCUAUCUGUACAGUCGCUUUAUAUUUCCGAGAGGAAUUUUUAUACAGUUUGAACGCUGUUUAGAGUUUUAUACGCAAAGUAUCAAUUAUAAUUGAAAACAUAGAAUUUUUAAAAUGACAAAUCUUUAAUUGUUUUUAAAUUUCAGUUUGUUUACAUUAGAAAACUUGCCAAUGUAUAUAGACCAAUUCAUUUAAAUAUCUAAUAUCUUCAAAUAUUUCUUUACUGGUUACACUCGCCGAUAAGUAAAUUCUCAAAAAAAUGGAUUAAUAAUUGAUACUUUGAGUUAUGGCGGCUGUACACACUCGCGCACGGUUCGUGAUGUCUCAACGAGUGUGGAUAGUCGCCAUUAUAUUUCACUUAUUUUGCCACAACAGUUUGCGUAAUGUAAAUAUUAAGUGUUCAAAUGUAUUAUACGAAUAAGUAUGUUUGAAACUGUACAGUAAAUAUGUAUUUUCUUAAUCUCAUCCCGUGUGACAAUAAUCAUCGGAGAACUGGGUGAUUUUUCAUGCUUUUUAUUGGCAGCUUCACCUUAAAGCACAAGGUACUGCUUUAAACGACUCAAUUUUAAUAUUGUUUAUGGUAUUUAUUAUCUGUGUGACGCAUUGUUUUAUCUAUGGUAUGUGUUUUCGCGCGUCUAUAUUCGUCUUACCAGUAGAAGUAAAAUUUUGUAUGACAAUUGACUUUGACGUCGCAAGUAACAAUCUGUCAAAACUAAAGCACGACACAGAUAUACAUGACAGAAUCAUAAAUAUCCAGUCAAAUGGCCGAGAAGUUUAGGGUUUUUUAAUAAAGAAACUGAGAUACUUUUUAAAACUUUACCAUUGUGGUAUAAUACUCAGUAUACAAUUGGCGGUUUAAAUACUAUCAUUGUGCGCUGUGCAAUGAUUUGUCAAU